GAAAAAUACAGCCAAAAAAAGCUAGAAAACUACUCUUUUUGCAUUAGAGUCAAUGGGGCACAUUCACAAAAGUGUCGGACCUCAGUUAGAGCGAGUCCUGUACUGCGCUGUAAUUGGUCAGCUGUAUAUUUGGGGCGUGACUUAGCAAAGCAGUUAUAUUUCCAAUCAAGAAAAGUAGCUUUUUCAUGAAACACUGCAUAACUUGACAUUAAAAAAAUUCUAAUAUAACAGAAAAUCUAUUUUGAUAAAUUGUUUAUGAACAACAAUACGCAGCUUUAAAAUGGGCUUCCAGUGUCAACUGUAAAAAGAGUCGGGUUCACAUAUUUAGCAAGUAACUUUCCAAGAUUACACUAGCUUCUGUUCAGAUGUUCUUUAAUCAGCAAAAGCUCAGGAUCACAGGUUUGUCAUAAAAAUAACAAAAUAGCAGUUAAUUUCUGCCAUCUGCCUAUUGAGAAUCGGGUAUUACAUCCAAAUUACUGCUAUAAUCAGUAUUAGUGGGUCCCUGGCUUUAGUCCCUCAAAACAAAACUGUCAAUUCAGGACCUGUCUACAAUUGUUGACAUGCUCUGUGGACUCUGCGGAGCCUGCACAAUUAGAUUAACUGUGGAAUGAUUAACAUACUGGUAAUUAUGACAGUCAAAUACUGAUAGGGUUGCUUUAGUCUAAAGUUUCACCUCAUUAUCUCAAAAUAAGUGUCUUUAAGUAAACAGAUUUUCUUAAAUGCUCCCUUUAGGUUGUUUUAAAGCUUUGGUAGUUCCCAACAGGUGGAUUUACUGUAUGUGUGCAUCUGUGGCCAUUUGACAGAAGCAAAACAUUUGGAACUGGUCCAUUAUGAGCACUUGAAAUUAGUCAUGAAUGCUGCUGACCCACAUUUGGGACUAGGGAAACGCAACCAGGAAGUUGUAAAAAAAAAAAAAAAAGAAAAAAAAACCCAACACACACACACAUAGGAAGUGGGGAAGCACUUAAAGGGAAAAACAAAAGCCUGAAGCUUCUUGUUUUUCUUAUGAAUUUGAGUGCAAUCUUCUUGAAUGGCCUAUGUUUUUUUUUUUUUAUCCCAGACUGAAAUAAAUGGUUUAUAAACUUAUGAACAGGGUCAGACAGGCUAAUCUCCUCUGUCUUGCUGGCAAGGAGGAGACACCAGUCACCCUCACCUCCUCUGCAUGGGAUUUGCCUUACUGUAGAUCAAUGAAUGCACCUUUUUUUCAUCAUGUCUGGCCACUAAAUUUGCGAGCCUGUUGUUUGUGGAUAAAUAUGGACCCGACCUUAUAGAUUAAAGGCUACUUGUCCAAGUGGUAUUAGGCUACACUUAAGACCAUAGCAUUCACAGUCACUCACCCAGAAUGAACACACACAUACUACACAUAUAGGUAAUUCUCCCGAAGUGGCAUAAAGUGGGGGGCUAUUUUGCAUUGAGCACGUGUUAAAGAUUACAAUCUGCCCCCUCCUCCCGGUCACUACAGGUUUCUUUCGGUUGUGCUGCGCAGCCGACUGCUUAUGCUGCUGCCGUCGUUAGCAGAGUAUUGAGCUACCAGCUGACCUACUUUCUCUGCUCUCAGCCACUCGGUCCUGUUUACAAGCCACUGCCAGCGGAGGAUGUGGAGUACAGUGACUGGAAAAUAGACGGACACAGCCCGCAACCAGCAGAGACCACGAAUUGGAUAUUUGGUCGUGUGUUGUCGAUCAGUUCGGACCGCCAAAGCCACAGACUGCUCACCGGCGAUUAAUAACAGCGCGUUAUUAACUUGCGUUGUUGUGUAAUUUAACGCUUUCAGUUCUUUCGCCCGGUCAGUCAGACGCUGGUAGUUGCGAUCAGCUGCUAUGCUGUAGUUUUUUCUUUUCUUUUUUUUAAAAAAUGACGAGAUUGAUUAAAGUUAAGUGUGGAUCUUUAUUUCUGCUGGAGACCCGCUCUCAAGGAUUUGGCGUUUCUGUGGUGGAUUCAAGGAGGCGUUGGGCAUCUGGUCCUCAGUAGGUUUUUCCAAAAGAGUGUUCAGACGAGGUCAGCGCGAAUGGGACUUAUAAGACUUCAGAAAGGGCCUGGUUGGGAAAGGGAGUGAGUAUGGACAACCUUUCUGACUUCAGUGGCCCCUGUCCAUCCACCCGCAGGGAAUGGGACACCAACAGCUGCGUGGAUGAUUUAAUGGAUGAAGAUGAGAAAGACAGGGCUAAGAGGGCAUCUCGUAACAAAUCGGAAAAGAAAAGGAGAGACCAAUUCAAUGUGCUCAUCAAGGAGCUGUGCACCAUGCUGCAGGGUCAAGGUCAUCCGCGCAAGAUGGAUAAGUCCACCAUUCUGCAGAGAACUAUUGACUUCUUGCAGAAACAGAAAGACAUGACUGCACAGAAUGAAACUUGUGAUGUGAGACAGGACUGGAAGCCUUCAUUCCUCAGCAAUGAGGAGUUCACUCAGCUAAUGCUUGAGGCCCUAGAUGGUUUCCUGAUAGCAUUAACUACAGAUGGCAACAUCAUAUAUGUAUCUGACAGCGUGUCUUCACUUAUUGGCCAUUUACCGUCAGAUAUGGUGGACCAAAAUAUCUUGAAUUUCCUCCCUGAGCGGGAGCAUGGGGAGGUGUAUAAGCUGCUAUCAUCCCACAUGCUGAUGACUGACCCCAUUGCUGCUGACUUCAUGAACAGUGAGGCACAUAUUGAAUUUUGCUGUCAUCUAGCCAGAAGCAACAUUGACCCAAAGGAACCACCUGUAUACGAGUAUGUCAAGUUUGUUGGAGAUUUCAAGUUUCAUAACAAUGUGCCUACAUCUUCUUGUAACGGGCUAGAAUUGACGUUGCCAAGAAGCCUGCAGUCAUCGCUGGAGGAGCAGGUCUGCCUCAUUGCUACUGUACGAUUAGUCACUCCACAGUUUCUAAAGGACUUGUGUAAUGUGGAAGAUCCUUGUGAUGAAUUCACAUCCAGACACAGCCUUGAAUGGAAGUUCCUGUUUUUAGACCACAGAGCUUCACCAAUCAUAGGCUAUUUACCCUUUGAGGUUCUUGGAACUUCUGGCUAUGAUUACUAUCAUGUGGAUGACUUGGAGCUUAUAGCUCAGUGUCAUAAGCAGCUAAUGCAGUUUGGAAAGGGCAAGUCCUGCUACUAUCGCUUCCUGACCAAAGGUCAACAGUGGAUUUGGUUGCAGACUCACUACUACAUCACUUACCACCAGUGGAACUCCAAACCCGAGUUUAUUGUCUGCACUCACACUGUUGUCAGUUAUGCUGAAGUGCGAGCUGAAAGGAGGAGAGCGUUUGGCUUUGAGGAGCUGUCUCCACCGGAGAUAGCCCCCUCCUCAGUGAAGGCUCAAGAGCUGUACCUGGACAUCUGCUCCACACUGGACCCUCCACGGGACAGAAACAGCAGCGCACGUUCGGUAUCCUCCCACAGCUCCCGGAAGUCCUCCCACACAGCGCUGUCAGACUCUGCAUCAGCUAACUCCUACACAGAGGCCUGCACGCCAUCAUGGCAGUCUGCUUCCAUUGGGACAGAGAAGACACCUGCCAGACUCCAACCUAGUAGUUCAAAGAAUUUGGCACAAAGACAAAAUUCAUUUGACCUCGUUCCCCAAAUGAGCCUUCCCCUUUCUCCUACCUGCAGCAAGCACUCCGCAAUGCAACAGCAAACACAACAGCAGCAGCAGCAGCAGUCGUCCAUGUAUCAGCUGCAGCAGCCUCAGCUCUGUGUAAUGAACCAGCUUAAGGAGCAGCUGGAGGAGAGGACGCGCAUUCUGCAAGCUGACAUUAAGACGCAGCAGCAGGAGCUGCAUGACAUAAAGGAGAAGCUUCACCUCGCUAAUCUCCAGAUGUUGUUACAGCAGCCUGCCCACAGUGACUUUGGCCAGUCCCAGCAGCAGCCCCAGCAGCAGCAGGGCUCGGGCAGGCCGGCCCAGCAGAGCCAGUCGGGGGUGAUCAGGCAGCACUCAGGCCACCCUAAACAACCAUCCUGCGGGGUCCACAGCUCAUCCCCUCACUCACUCCUGAGGGAAAGCAGCUCACCCUCAUCACAGGUCCAGCAGAGGAUUGCACAGAGCGGGCAGGCACAGUCGGUGAGUGUGCCCGUGCAGACAAACACAAGUCUGACAAUGCCCUUCUACAGCAACCCCAUGAUGUUCUCUCAGACCAACACGAGGUCUCUGCAGGACGCAAACCAAAGACACACAGACAGCGAGUUCAGCCAAGACGGACAACUACGCAUGCUCCUCAACCAGCCAAUGCAGACGCUGGUUCCCUCUAGCACUGUCACCUCGCAGCCUUCCCAGUGCAACAUGGGCAUCUCCCAAACCAUAUACACCUUGGAGCAGCAGAUCAUCGCUCCUUCAUUCUCCAUGCAACAGGUCAACUGCAACGCUGUCCUCGUGCCCUCCCCGGUCUUCACGUCCCCCAUAAUGAUCCCACACAACAGUUUCAUCUCAAACCAGUCCCAGUCAGCCUACCACGCUCAGACUCAGGCUUCUCAGCACUCCCUGCAGCUACAGCAGCCCCAGCAGUUCUUUCAGAUGACUCAAGGACUCGUACAUGGCGGAUCUACUCCAACAUUUUUACACACCACUAAUGUCCCACAGCAAAGCACUGUGGGAUACAUCCAGCAGCAGCCGCAAACACAGCAACUACCGCAAGCAACGCAGCAACAGGCGCAACAACAAAGGCAAUACCAACAUUCCCAAAACCAGACUGGCAGUGUUUCAGACUUCGGAAAUAUGCUGACUCGGUAGCGCUGUGAACUACGUUAGAGCGCUGAGAUUGCCCCGUUGUGUUUUCGCCGUGUAGGCAGCAGCAUGUUGUGGCGUUUGGAAGUCAAACUUGAUGCCAAGUUCUGCAGUGGAAAAGCUUGAGAGCGGCAAAUUGCUUCUAGUGACGUAACUUCUGAUGUGAAGCUGCCCAUUCCGAAGAAGCCGGUGUGUACACCACAGGAGUGAAAACCACAAGCAGAGGCUGCACUGACCUGACGUCACCUGCAGGACCUGAGGAGCGUCUGAGCGGCCCAGAUCACACUCACGUGUCAAUCAGCGAAACUGCCGAAACAAGUGGAUUAUCAAAGCUCUCAAGAAGACACCGCUUUCACAUGUUUACAUGUGGAAGUUUUUCCUUCUAAGUGUCUGUUGCACUUUGGUACCACCCCCUACCCAAAAGCAGAAUAUUUAUUUUUGCCCAUGAAUUAAUAUUCUAUUUUAAUCACUUGUAAUGGUUUAAUAGUGAGAUUAUUUUUCGAACCUACAGCUUGACUCCCCUCCCCAGUCACAUGAAAUCACUGAUCAGAUUUCUAGCUCCAGUGGUUCAUCUCAUAAGGGGAUUUGUGUACACAGGAACUCAAGUGUGUAUUUCAGUCGACAGACUAGAGACGUCGCUCCCAUUUUGUCCCAAAAACAAUGAUUUACUUGCAGAUAUGUUCAGGGCAAGUCACUAGAGAGGAGCUUUACUAUUAAACAUGCAGUGGUGAGAUGGCCAUCAUAUCUGAAAAAAAGGUUUGGUAAUAAUUUAGAUGUGAAACUCUACGCUGGGGGUGGGGGGAUGUUCUUAAAUAAGUAGAAAGGUCUAUCUAGAUUUUUAAAGCCUCAAUCUGGGAUUGAAGAAGGGGUGCUACAGCCAUCCCAUCACUUCUCACUGGGAACAAACAACAACACAGCUCUGAAGUCCUGAUUUUAGGUUCUUCUGAUGAGCUCUGCAGCACGAGUCCUUAAGUGAUAAACAAGCUACCAGAGGGGGGGGGGG